UUCUCCACUUGCUUAAAAAGUUAAACCGCGAGGUUUUCCCCCAAUUCUCUUCCUAUAAUUCCCGCCGCAACUACAAAAACAAAACUCUUCAGUCAAUAUAUCUGUAUCCGGAUUGAAAUUUCAUGGUACUUUCAGAUCCGUAGUAAUUACUAAACUCUUCAUUUUCUUAUUUAGGGUUUUCUAAUUUCCAUUCACCAUAAACCCUGAACGAACUGUUUAGCGUUCAUCUUGAUUUUACCAGAUUUUUAUCAUCUUGAUUUUAUUGGUUGAGUGCUUUUGAUUUCCCUCAACAAGACCUGCUGGCUGGAGUGUUGUAAAAUGGAUGAUGACAAUGGUGUAAGUGGCGUUAGUAAUACGAAGCGUGAAUUGGAUUCCGAUGAUUCUGAGUUGGCUGCAAAGAGAUCCAAAAUUAGUGAGUGCUCGGAGAAAGAAGAGGAGAAACAAAAUGGAUGUGAAGAAGUGAAAACAAGUCAGUUGGUGUUAUUAGAGAAGAACGAUGAUUGCCAGUCUGAGUCAGUAAAUGGAGGAAUUGUAGGUGAUAAUAAUCAGUCAGUAAAGGACAAUGUGUUAUCUGAUCAGAAGAGCUCGAUUCCGGUUACUAAGUUGCCGUGUACUAUAGAAGCAGAUGCAGCAGAAGAUAAGGGUUCUAGGCAUACCAUGGAGGAUGCAUCAGUUGUACUUCUUGAUGCAAGCUUACAAGUUCCUGGGAAAUUGAGAUGUGCUCAUUUUGCCAUAUAUGAUGGGCAUGGAGGUCGAUUGGCUGCUGAAUAUGCUCAGAAGCAUUUACAUGCAAAUGUUCUUUCAGCAGGAUUACCACGUGAGUUGAUGGAUGUAAAAGCUGCAAAAAUGGCCAUCCUUGGCGGUUUCCGGCGGACUGAUGAAUUGCUUCUUCAAGAAAGCACUGCAGGAGGAUGGCAAGAUGGAGCCACGGCUGUCUGCGUCUGGGUUUUAGGGCAAAAAGUUUUUGUUGCCAACAUUGGAGAUGCAAAAGCGGUGGUAGCUCGAUCAUCUUCAGUAAAUGACUCACAGAGUCAUUUGGAUGGAGCAAAUCCGUUGAAGGCUAUUGUUUUGACAAGAGAACACAAAGCUAUCUAUCCCCAAGAACGUACUCGUAUUCUGAAGGCUGGUGGUUCUGUAAGCUCAAAUGGACGGUUGCAGGGGCGCCUUGAGGUUUCCAGGGCCUUUGGUGAUCGCAAUUUCAAGAAGGUCGGUGUGAGUGCAACCCCAGAUGUUCACUCGUUUGAUCUUACAGAAAGAGAUCACUUCAUUAUUCUUGGCUGUGAUGGUUUAUGGGGGGUUUUUGGAGCAAGUGAUGCUGUUGAUUUUGUUCAAAAGCAGUUAAAGGAGGGCUUAUCUGUUACUGCAGUGAGCCGCCGUCUUGUAAGAGAAGCUGUCCGUGAGCGACGCUGCAAGGAUAAUUGCACGGUCAUUGUUAUCGUUUUCAAGCACCACGUGUGAUUGGUAUGAACUCUUUACUUCCAAUUUUAGAGGAACCUUUGUACUGGUUAUUUCGUAGCUAUAACCAUAAGACUUGGCAAUUCCCUGAAAACUAAAAAAAGAUGUAUCGAUUAUUGACAGUAAAUAUCAGCUGUGAAUCUCAAAAACCUUUUGAAAUUGUUUGGUUAAGAUGUAUGAGCCAUCUUUGAUUUAUCUUCA